GAGUAGACUUUGGCAAUGUUGUCAUGUCAUGUCAUGUCAAUAAUCAUUCUUCUUAACUUCUUCUAAGGUUCUUUCUUUUUAGUUUGUGUGUAGUGGAGAAGCGUUUGGAGAGCAAAAUGAAAUUCAACAAACUAGUUACUGCUUCAAGAAGCAAAAACAGGAAAAGGCACUUCACGGCGCCUUCUCAUAUUCGAAGGAAACUUAUGUCAGCCCCUUUGUCUAAGGAGCUCAGGCAGAAAUACAAUGUGUGCACCAUGCCCAUUCGUAAGGACGAUGAAGUACAGGUUGUAAGGGGACAUUAUAAAGGACAACAAGUCGGAAAAGUUGUUCAAGUGUACAGGAAAAAAUUCGUUAUCUAUAUUGAGAGAAUUCAACGAGAAAAGGCAAAUGGUGCCAGUGUAUAUGUGGGAAUUCACCCUUCAAAGGUUAGUAGUAGUAGUAGUGCAUGCUGAAUGGUAUUCCUUUGA